ACUACCGAAAAGCGUGCGUGACGCAACCCUUCGCGAUAAGGUGGUUUGAGAACUGUGCAGUGUAGCUUUUACUUUAGAUGGUGUCGAUCCUGUGUUUAAAUAGUAAAUACCAAUACCGACAUGUGACAAGCAGUGAUGAAUCUUGUAAAGAAAAGCCAAAGUUUCUGUACACUACUGCGUUGAAUAAGAACUGGUAAUGCGACUACGAACAGUCGAUUGUUUACAUUGGCGACACGUGGCGGUGAAUAUGCACAUGAUAAAAAUAGCGUGACCAAUCACAGCCAAGCAAAGUGUGAAUCAUCGUAAGUGGCCCCUCGUGGCGCUAGUGAAUGUUGCUAUCCCGAACUUUGCACCGACCAUUCACACAACUCUGUUCCAUUCAUAAUUCCUUUUCGAUUUCAAUUAACGAGCCGCUUAGCUGUAGUCAAUGGGACAGUAUGAGUAAUGUACCAAAGUGAUAAAGCUUUGAGCGAUAAUCAGCAGUAAGAGGGUUUCCGCUGUGUUUGGAGAACAUGCCAAUUAAACAGGUACUCGGGUUGAACUCGAGCGUUUAUCUUAAGUACUGAAUGAACGUAUUACAGAAUAUUUUGGUUGCGCCAGAACAUUUAAAUGUAGCCAUCACAUAGGGUAUAAUUUUAUAAACGUAUUUGAAAAAAACGCCUGAGAAAAAGAAACCUAUACAUUUCUGCAACAAGAUUUCUGCAUACUGCUAUUAUUUACACCGAUUGUACCCAAUUCACCUGGCAGAUUCAUCGAAUCAACUGCAAAGGAUUGCCAAUAGUCGUUUGCAGUGUGAUUUAAAUUACAUAAAUUCAUUGCGUCGAAAAAAGCUGACAAAAUGGACGAACAUUCUUUGCUAACGGCAACAUUCAGUGACUCCGAAUAUUCGGAAGAUUCGGAGGACACCGUCGAUACCACUUCUGAUGAAAGUGAUAUGGAUUCGCCCGUAGAUGUCGAACAGGAAAUCGUAAUAAUAAUUGUCAAAGAAAUUGGCGAAAAAAGGUGUUUAACAGUAGUGGUUUCACUUAUUGGUGAUAGAUUUAGACAUGUAAUCAGUACUACCGACGCGAGGAUCAUAACAAAGCAUUACAUUUCAAUUUGCGGCGGAUUUUGGAAAAACGAGGUACGAAGUUAUCUGAAACAAAUUGAACCAAGUAAGAACGCAUCAAUAAUUAAUAAUGUUCUAGAUGCUUUCCAAAGCACUGGGGGCCUUUGUGAGGUUCACGAGCCGUUGAAGAAAGGAGCCUACUAUAAUCUUUUAAUAGAACAUUCUGAGAUGAUAUCCAAGGAAACCGAAGAAUCGCUUAUGGACUGGUACAAAAACGAAUGUUAUCAGUAUGUUAAAAAUUCAAAUGAUGCAAUGAAAAACGAGAUAGUAUUUCUAGAAGCAUUGCUGGAUUUUCUACAUUGCUUUAAAAGCAUCAAUUCAACCUACCUCUCGCUGUAUCUAAAUGAGUUUUGUCUUGGAAAAAUAAGCGUCAGUGAAUUGAUUGCUAAGAUCGGAAGCAUGAAAGACCAAUACUCAGAGGAUAGAUUUCGGAGAUUACAAACUGUGGCUUCAAAGUUGAAAAGUAACAACAGCCUAUAUUUGAAAAAUGAAUUCAAUGCAGCUUUGAGUAGUUUUUUGAAACCAGUGAAAGUGUCCAAAAAAGCUAUUGAUGCGCGUUCAAUAAUCGAAGUGACUGGAACAUACAUUGUUGUAAGCGAAUGUUUAAAAAGUAUCGAACAAAUUUUACAAGCAGAAACGGCAAAAGGGACGGAAGUACACGAGGUUCACUUCGUAGGAGCUCUUGUAGUGCACAUCGACACUGAUUUGAACAACGAAAUUUGGCAUGGUAGAAACAUAGUAGUUUGCACGAGAAUGGUCAGCAUACAUGGCUCUGUGACAUGGAAUGUGUCAGGCAAAAAUGCUGACCACAUUUACAGUACUAAGGCCGGAACGGAUGAUGAAGACAAUGGAAUCCGUGGUAAAGAUGGUUAUCCGGGAGAAAGUGGAGGAAACGUGUUGGUUGUUACGGAUAAAAUAGAAAACUCGACGGCUCUUAAAGUAAUUUCCAAUGGAGGUAACGGUAGCAAUGGGCAGGACGGUGGAGAUGGAAGAGAUGGCCGAAAUGGAACGGGGAUCUCUAAAAAUUCAAUCGAUGAGCGAUUUCCUCCUCCCUGUCGUUUCAAAGGUAAGGAGCAUGGUGGACGAGUACAAACAAUCAUUAAAAGCAUUCAAAGCGCGGCCGCCUCCGUAAAGACGGCAUGGAUCGACGGGAGUACGAUGUCGUUGGAUACAUUGCUUAAAAAUUAUAAAGAGCAAACAACUGUAAUUGCUGACAUUUUCAUAGAAGGGAAAACGGAUGACGGAAACGAAAUAGUAUUUUCAUCCGAUUGUGGAUUGCUGGCUCGACAAUCAUUUUUUCUUUAUAAAGGAACUAAUGGAACGUCUGGUCAUAUGGGUGGAAACUAUGGCCUUGGUGGUCAAGGCGGAUAUCCGGGAGCAGUAAUGAUAGAAUCACUGGGUAAUAGCGAAAAUCAAUUUGUUAUUCAAACAGAAGUAGUAGUAGGAACCGAUGGUAAAUCAGGCAAGAAAGGUAUAAACGGUAAAUCUGGGAAAAAUGGGUGGGAUAUGGGGUAUCUAGACUAUUGGACAUGGAGUUCAGUGGAAUACUAUGGUACUUCCGAAGAUGAAAAGCUAAGAUUAGAGCGUUUUAAUUAUUCUACAAGUACGAACGUAUGGUCGGAAUACUACGAUCGAUACGUGGGAUUCGAAGCAAUAAAAAAUGAACACUCAAAGCAAACGACAUAUGAACAAAGUACGUCUGCAACAUGUUCAAACGAGCGUCAACAUCACGCUUUAGCUGUGAACAAGAAGACUGUCUCAAAACAAUCGAUUCUCGAUCAAUAUUCACUGCAAAUGAACAGUUUGGUGGAAAAUAGAAAUGUAAAUAAUUCAAAAAUGCAGCAACAUUUACACCAUGUAAAUUCGAUGGCCACUAAAAUUGGCGAAACAUUAGCUAACCAGAUACAAAAUAAGAAGCAACAGCAGGCAGUUUUUAAAACUACUCGUCAUUGUAAAUAUGUUGAAGCAAGCGAGCAUUCAAAUGAUGUUUCAGAAGAUGAAUUACUUCACACCAUCCGGCAACAACCCAUCGACAUGGAUCUUCUAGUUGCUAACCUCAAUGAACACAAAUUGACAAUGCAUUACUGGUUUCAAUUAACAAACAUACAGCUCGGCGAUGUAGAGCUUAAUCGUUUACUUGAGGCAAUUAAAACUAGUUCCGUUUUGAGAGGAACAGUUAAAAACUCCGAGACCUGGAAGAUAAUACAGAGCAUACUAGAUGAAAAGUGUAGAUUGGUAGCUUUGAAUAAGAUUGCCAAAAUCUUUCCAAUCUAUUUGAAUAUUACUGGUGAUAUUAAAGUACAGGCGGAGAGUGCAACAAAUUGCCUUCUCGUAGGAAAAAAUGUGGCGUGUUUUAGCGAUGAUCCCUCCAGUUCUUUGAAACAAUAUCUUUGGAAUGAAGAACGUGGUCUACGCAAAAAGGUCUUUCAAUACUGCACUGAUAUAAACAAAGACAGAGAUGCUGUGCUUUGGAGUACACUAGUGAGGACAUUUUUUAUUGAGCUUAAAAACCCCACAGAAAAAGUCAUGCAUUUACAUGAGAAAUAUCAUUUUUAUGCGCAAAAAUGUUCUCAAGAACUGAUUGUGUUUAGAGAAUCACUUCAAAAGCUCGACAACCAAUGCCGUGACGAGCCCAACGUAAUGAAGGAAAUGAAAAAGUUUUUGCUAGAAAAGGGACCUCUAUCGAAAUGUUAUCGACUGUUGUUAGCGAAUAUGUUGAACGUCAACAUAAGAACAUACAUUAGAGGUGAUGGUGAAAACAAGUUCUCUUUGAACGACAACCAGAACCCAGAAGCAAAUGAAGUUAUUCAUCUCCUUUUAACUGAUGACGGUUUGCAUGAAAUAUUCCUCGAUAAGGCUCGUUUGGAAAUGGAAGUAGAAAGACGACUCAAAAGUCAAAUGUUUUAUAAAAUUUUAGCAGAAGUCGAACCACUGCGCAGAAAGCAAGAGUUCAACGAAUACUUUCCUAAACUAUCGAAAUUCAUUGAAAGAAUGAACGGUGUUACAAGAGAUGAUCUGUAUGAAGUCGAGACCAGCAAAAAUAAACGACCGGUUAAAAGUCAAGAAGAACGGAAAAAUGACAAAGCUCUUCGAGACCGAAAACCUCCUCGAGAUUCUUUUAAAUGCGCAUCCUUUGAAAAUCUUUCUGAAGACAAUUCCCUUUUCCGUAGCAAAACUUAUCUUUCUUGUCCUGAUUUACUAAAAGCUUACGAAUAUACUGGGCUAUAUUUAGAUCAGAUGGAAGAUCUUAAUGAGAUAAUGAAAUACUUUCCAGAAGAACGCGAAAAACAAGAAAUAGCGGAGAAAUUCCAUAAAAUCUCGCAAUAUAUUGGGUAUCCAGAAAUUGUGCACAAUAUUCAAAGACGUUUUGCCUGCGAGGGUAGACAUGUAUCAUACGAGGAAAUAUCCUGUUUGAUUAACUCAGUCUUGUCUACCUUCACCGAUCGCGAAGAGCAUUUAAAUAUUGUUUCCUGGAUUGCUGCUGCGUUUUCACAGCAAAAUUGGAUCGAUGAGUUAUUGUUAUUGAAGAUUGAAGAUUUCUUGAAAAUGCAGAUAGCGGAUAAAAAGGAAUGGAGAGUUUAUUUGUCAAACAUCAAAAAUAAGAAGCUGUUGGUGAUGCUUCAUGAAAAACUAGAUGCUUUGUCUCCUGGCUCCUCGGUCUCUUACCAGUGUUUUGCUGAUAUUUUCUAUCUGCUCAGUAAAAUUCCGCAUGAACCUUUACGUUUAGAACCUGUGGAAAUAAGCGAGUGGCCAUAUGUUUUGAGAGAAAAGUAUUGGAUAUUCAAGCUUUCUACAUUAACUGGAUCCCAGGGGGAUGACUUCACAGACCUUUUAUAUUAUCUGCUCUCUGUAGAAAACUCCUGUGGAACUGAUUUGACGGAAAAAUUAAUACAAGCAAUUGAAAACGCAAAACGAGAAGAAACUAUGUUUUCAGAAAAACUCAUGCACAUUUUGUGCAAUUUUCAAGAUGAAAAGUGGACCCUAAACGCACAAGUUAUACAAUCUAUCUCUCACAGCGUCACUAUUGACUCAUGGAUGGAUGUAAUGGAGAAGGCGUUUAUAUCGGAUGGCAAAAAUCGCAACAUGAAGCAGCUGAUUGACUUGAUAAAAAAUAAUGGGAACACUUCGAAGAAUAUUAUAGAUUCUUUGCCAACAAUUUCCAUUUCUGGUGCUGUAAAAAUGGGAAAGACAGCAUUUACGAGAGAGGAAAUAAAGACAUAUGCAUACACAUUCAGAGAUGCUAUUCGUGCAGGGAACAGAACCAUCCGCGAUAGCUUAGGUGAAAUACUGUACGUAAUCGAUAAAGCAAUUGAAUUAGAACGUGGCGUCACUCUUCGCGAUACUCAAAAGUUAGCUAUUUUAUCCUUAACGUCCAAUCCCCGAAAUACACUUGCACAGGUGUCGACUGGAGAAGGAAAGUCAUUAAUUGUUGCAGCGACCGCGAUUAUAAAAGCUCUUCAGGGCAAGAAGGUUCACAUAGUAACCAGUUCAACGGUGUUGGCCAAACGCGAUGCUGAGGAGAAUGCAAAGAUUUUUAACAUUUUUGAUGUGUAUGCUUCCCACAAUUGUAAUGAAGAUAUUGAAAAGCGGAAGGAAGCUUAUUCUAACAAUCAGGUGAUUUACGGUGAUUUGAGUAACUUCCAACGUGACUAUCUUUUGGAUCGAUUCUACGGAAAGCGUGUAUUGGGUGACCAUGAUUUAGAGAACGUAAUCAUAGAUGAGGUAGAUAGCAUGUUACUGGACAAAGGAAAUAAUAUGCUGUAUUUAUCGCAUAAUCUUGCUGGAUUCGACAAGCUAGAGCCCGUGUAUAUCUUUAUAUGGCAGUGGAUUAAUCGCCCAGCAGCAGAUAGUAAGGAAUUAUCAGCCGCACUUGACACCGGCGCUAUCAAGGAAGCUGUUUUGGAUGAAAUUUACAUUAGAAUCCACAAAACUGAAAUUGAUGAGCUUUAUGCAGAACUGAACGAACGGCAAAAGCUCACAAUAUGGGCACGUAUGAUCGAUGCUAACAUAAUCGAUGAAUGUGGAAACAUCUUAAAGGAAAAUAUUAUGGAAACAGAUAUUGAUGGAAUUGUCCCUUCGAUUCUAGAAUGUGCUACUUCAGUCAAGUAUCGUCUUCUAUACAUUUUGAACGAGUGCAUCGACCGCAUAAGAUCAAUAGCCAUUCCGAAAUACCUUAAACCUUUUGUAGAGCAACACUUGGAAUGCUGGAUUCGUAGUGCAGUUACGGCAUUUUUCAUGAAAAGUGGAGAAGAUUAUGUGGUAGAUUUAGACAAUACUGACACGAGUCAAGACCGCAAUCCUAACAUUAUCAUCAUCGAUAGGGACACAGGAACAGACCUGGCGAAUUCGCAAUGGGACGAAGCCCUUUAUCAGUUUUUGCAGCUCAAGCAUGGGUGCAAAAUUUCGCUGCAAAAUCUAAAAGCUGUUUUCAUUUCCAAUGUUUCCUAUUUCAAAAAGUACAAAACAUUGAAUGGAUUAACAGGAACACUCGGUACAAAAAGGGACCGGGAUCUGUUGCAAGAAAUACACGACGUCGAUUAUGUUAUCAUUCCCACAGCUCAAUCGAAACAAUUUCAUGAAGAAAAAUCCAUUGUAAGCCCCACUAAAGAGGAUUGGAAAAAACAAAUUCUUUACGAAGCUAAACAAAUUACUAAUGAGCAGAAGCGCUCGGUUUUGAUCAUAUGCGAAACAGUGAACGUGGUGAAUGAUUUAUACCAACUGUUUGGGGGACGAAAGGAAACAAAUGUUCAUACUUACACGAGGGAUUAUGAGCAAUUUGAAGUAGCCAAAGAUGGCCAUAAACUAAACUCCGGACAAGUUAUUAUCGCGACCAACCUUGCGGGCCGUGGAACAGAUAUUAAAAUAAGUGACGAAUUAAAUCAAGCCGGUGGCUUGCAUGUUAUAUUGACUUACCUACCGAACAACAUACGAAUAGAGCAACAAGCAUUUGGCCGUGCAGCUAGAUGCGGUGCGAAGGGAUCAGGAAAGUUAAUCAUUUUUAACCCAAAAGGACAAGAAUCCGUUUCUACUAAAAUACUGGAAUUGAAAACCAAUCGCCAUAAACAAGAUUUGAAUCGUUUGGCAGAAUGCAAAGUGUUUUACGACAUCCAAAUUACAGCGGAAGAGGAAUGUUUCGAAAAAUUCAACGCGGAAUACGGUAGAUUAAAAAGAGAUCUUGCCAGCAAAGAAGUACCGAAAGGAUUGCAAGACUUACUGUUGGAAAGCUGUUUGGAUAAAUGGGCUUACUGGUUAGAUGAGAACAGUAAAUGGAUAAAUACCAGUCACAAUAGCCUCGGCAAAACCAAAUAUCAAAUUGCGUUGAAAGCAUUCAUUCAACAGUUGAAAAGUUUAUCAACAGGAGCAACAGAGUGUUCCGUUUGGGACAAAGUAAAAGCAAUAAGCCCAACAAAGAAACUCGUGUAUGAUAGUAGCUGUUGGAUCGAAUGGGUUAAAGACAAUCCACCUCAAAUGGUUAAACUGGGCAAGUAUCUCUCUCAAAAUUUAAAAGAGUUUAACAAUACUUAUGACACUGCUAUCGAGCUUUUUGACGGCGUUAUACGAGGGGAUCCCAAUUUUUCGGAAGUGGCUCGGUACUAUAAGGCUUCGGUACUGAUUAAGCAAGUCGAGAGUGGUGGCGAGAGUAUCAUCAAUUCAGUCAAGACCGAAUUUAGACUAGCCGCAAAGUUAUUUGAGAUGCGCAUCGAACAACACUCUAAAGCAGCUAGCAUCAUUGGUAACAUCAAGAGUAACAAUACCGAAAGCCUCAUUCAAAUCAACGCUUUUGAGGAUCAACAGCGCCAUUUCAUGGAACUCUACAACGAGUUUAUAACAACUAUUAACAACAUUUUAGGGCACCCAGUAUCGUCCGACUGCUUUGUGAGUCAAAUACCUUCGAUUAACAAACAGUUGGCCAACGCAAUAUUUGCAGAGUUGCUUCACAACAAGGUUUUAAAACCUCCAAUGGUAGGCAAAGAGCUCUUUGAAAGAGACCUCAAAGUGUUAUGUGACGAGUAUGGAGUGUCGGUAAACUUACUACAAAAUACCAUCAAAGCAUGGGGCGAGAAACAGAUUAAUGAAAAGGGGUUUAUAAAACAUCUAGAACAAUGUAUUCCAAUACCGAAUCGUCAUCAGUUCUGGACGAUGUUGGUAGAAAAGAAUGUCCUCUGCGAUAAUAAACAAUAUGUCGCCAUUCGAAAGGUUCGACUUGAAGGUAUUGAUACCGAUUUAAUCGAAUCAUUGCUGAAACAGGUUAAGAAAGAGCACAAGGAGGACCUUCUAAACCUUGGUGAUGGUCAACAAUUGCUUUACGCUGAUUGGACGGAGUUAGAGAAAGAUAAUCAAUUGAUUUUUGAAAAUGAAUACUUCAGACAACUUGUUGGUCAAAGGAAGUAUGAAGAAUGGAACGAAUUGGAAGCGCUGUCGUUGAAUAAUAAGGCCAACAUAAACCGCAAUCAACUCGAGAACGUCCGCUUCGACGCUUUUGAUUCAAUUCGGUCAGAAGACUUUGCUAAUGUAGGCAUAGUUUUAUCUGAGGCGGAAGAUAUUAUAGCCGAGUUAGUAAAACAAAACGUACUUGUGAAGGAACCUGCAUCUAAAGAUAAUGUUUACAGGCCAACAGGCAGUCUUGCUGAAAUCAGUGACGAACAAUUCACAUUCUUCGCCGGUUAUAAACAAAUUGUCAAACAGCUAUUGUCAUGCAGUUUCGCUUACAGAAUCGCCUUUGAUAAUAUGGCAAAAUGUUGGAAGGAAGGAAUCAGACAGACGGAAUUGGGUUUAACGAUUAACCCUCAUCGAGAUUUGAUGAUGGACCUUUUUGAAAAACAUAUUAUAGUUCCGUCCUCAGUAGAUUCAAAGGAAAAAACGUUGGAUACAAUAGUAGAAAAGAUGUGUAAAAAUAGCUCAAGUACGUGUUUAAACAACGCAGAAAUCAUCAAACACAUCACUAACAUUCUAAAUAAUUUAAGCAGCAGCCUCGAAAGGUUGGAAAUGCUGGAUGGUAGUCUCAAACCACUUCCUGGGUUUUCUGGAUUAACGGAAGAGCAGCAAAUAUUUGAACUAAAUGGGUUAAACUGUGUACUGCAGUGUAAAGAAAAAAAAUGGACAAAAAAAAUGCUCUUCAAUACAUUAUGUUUAUCAUGUAUUGCCGUUGGUCAGAUAGCAUUUGGAAUUGUUACGUCACCCAUAUUUAUUGGAUCCAGUUUUAUUGCGGAAGGUGUUAACGACAUAAUAUUUGCUAUUCGGGCAAUGCAAACUGGUUAUUUUAGUUGGGCAAAUUAUUGGGACCAAAAAUGGAAAAGCAUUCUAGUGACGGUAUGCACUGCUGGUAUUUUUUAUGCGGCAAAGCAUUGUUUCAAAGUAUUGAGAUACGGAAUGAAAGCAUACAAAGCGCUCUCGUUUGAUAAAGUAUCAAGUGCGGUUCAAGGUCAGCUAGCUAAAAUCGCUGCUCAGCAGGAAAUAACCAGCAUUACAAAACGGGUAAUAGUUGACGCUGCAAGCAGAAUAGCGUUGGCACUCGGCAAUGCCGCAAUAGAAAAUAUUGUUCAAUCAUAUCUGCAUUCACUAUGCAAAGAAAUUGGGUCUUCAAUUACGUCAGAUAUUAAUGAAGCGGUAGAAAGUCACUCUAUUGCCGGCACUCUACGGCAAGCUUUCGAUACCCUGGGUGAAGCACAGGCUAGGCAAAUGAUCACGAAUUGCACGCAAAACUAUUUUAAUGAAACUUCAGAGGAAAGUGCAUUUAAAUCAAUCAUUGUCGGUAUUAGUAUGGGGUUGAAUGAUAAAUGUAUGGAUGCUUUGGGUACAACUCUGGCCGACAAAAAUAUCUGCAAUAAUCCAGCGCAGAUCAUUAGAACUUUUUCUACCUUGCUUACAUGGAGCGACCGAGUGUAUCAAUUAAGCAAGAUCAAAUCGGAAACCAAUCUUGUGUUGGGUGAUCUGGAUAAAAAUAUAAAACAUAUUCUUAAAAAUCAAACUAAUAUGCGAAAGGUAGCUGCAGAAAAGCAAAAUAAUACAAAAUAUGAUAGGUUUAAAAAAGAUGUUAUCGAACAAUGGAAAGUUGCCUUUCAUGAAAGGGUAGGUAAAGUCGUAGAAACUCAUCUGGUGACACCACUUCUUCAAUCAGCGGCGGAAUACUUGACCAAAUCCGCAUUAAAGGUGCUUAAAUACACCAAAAAUCGCAUUAGGGGCCACAAGGAAAGAAAGUAUCGCAAGCGCUACGAGAAAUUAAAGCGAAAAUAUAAACACCAAAAACGAAGGGUUCGCCUAUCAAAAGAUAGAAAAAAUAGGAAAAAUAUGAGACAAAAAAUUAAAAAAAGGUAUCAUAAGAGCUUACUCAAACUAAUGAUGAAAACACGAAGUCCCGAUUUAAUGGCCGAUUUGUUUAAAGAAAAUGUGCCCAUGGACUUUACGUGUGUUGCUGCCUGCCCUGCCUUGUUGAGCAGGAUAACAAUGGAACGUAAUAUAAAAAUCGUUGUUGAAGGACCUGAUGGUAAGGAUCAUGAAUUCUCUUCCAAUGCUCUAAACAAUACCGAGGAAAAGAUCAUUCGACUAAAGCUUAAAGAUAAUCAUUUCACCCUUUGCGAAGAAAGUAUGAAUCGGAGUGGUGAUUUCGAUGGCUCUAACAAUAGUUGUUUGUAUGUAGCAAUGAUGCAGGCCAUGCCAGAAAUGAACAUGUCUGCAAAAGAUUUUAGGAAAGCUGUAGCAAACUGCAUAAGAAACGACCCAGCAAUUCGUAGAUCUAUUGAAAAGGGUUAUCAUCACAAAUUACUAGCGAAAGGAUUCUAUGGCGGAAGGGCUCCAGAGAAAGAAAACAACAUGCUGGAAACAGAAAAGAGCAGAAAGCAAGAUAAAACAGAGAAAGAAACAAAAAAAGAUCAAAAGAAUUCAAUGAAGAAAAGAAUUAAAGCUGUUGGACGAAAAAUAACCAACGUAAUUUUUCGCGAUGUGGAUUCAUCAGAGUACGCUGAUGGGGAAGUGCAUGAAGGAGAUGAUCAUUUCGUUUGUCGUUUUAAACAAACGCUAUGUGCCAAAGGGGUGAUUGAUAGUGCAUAUUCAGAAUACUUGGAUUUAGAUUAUGUAGUUACGGGUGGAGGAAGCAAAGGGCAGGAUCGAACAAGCGGCAAAGGAGCGGAAGGUGUAGAUGCUGCACAUUUACUUAGAGUUGGCGGAAUCAAUCCUAAAUUGAAUAACACUGACCAUGGAACAAUUUUGAAAAACUUGAGUUACAAAACGCAGAAUGUCAAUCAGUGCCAUAACCGUAGGAAAGUACCCAAGGAUAUUGAUUCAUUGCAAUCACAGUUUUUAAUGAAUUCUCCUCCAAUUAUUAUAAAUGGGGUCUUUAAUUCCUCUGCUAAUCAAUUGAAAAAGUUUAAGAAAGAUUUUGUGGCUAUCUUGGAAACUGGAAUUAAAUCCGACCAUACAAACGCACAAGUUUAUCAAAAUACGAUUUCUCAAAUUAAGCCAAUUGGUUUAAAAAAAAUGAAACGUGUUGUGAAAGACGCCAAUAAUUUUGUUGGAAAAGUAGAAAACUACAUGCCAAACUCGUCCAAACCGGUUAAAUGUAAAACACCUAAAACGAAAGCUAAGAAAACCGAGAAACGAAGGUACGAAAACGAGGAAUAACCGAUUUCGAAUAAUCGAAUAGGGUGCAUAGCCUUUCAUCAAUAGCCCAGAAUCCGAUGAUAUCGGACCUCAACCGUUGACCUUCGGCAAAGCCCGUUCCCAUCCCCCCCCCCCCCCCUUAAAAACUUCCCAAGGG